AUGGGCGGCAGACUUUCGAUGCCUCGUGGGCCGGAUGGCAUGAAUGAGGUGUCUAAACCAACCUCUGGCUCCGCGUCGGCGCGGUUCACGCGGGGCAGAGGUAUCAUCAAUGGGCGGACGGUGAUGGCGCCUUUGGCAGCUCUCACCAUGGCUGGUCUUCUCUUCGUCUACGCCAGGACAUCGAUACGAGCCGCGAAGCUGAACGCGCAGAAGCACCGGGAGGCAGAUGGUGGGCAGAUAAGCUGGCACAAGGAGAGCUUGCGGAGGCAUGGGCAACUGGAGAGGGUCGAGAACGACAGGAGUACGCUGAAGGAGGCCUUCAUGGCGGACGUCUCGCGGAAGAAGAAAGAGAAGACAGGAGUCGAAGAGGGCAAGAUCAGGGCGGAGAGGUCGGCUGAAGAGGAGCGGUUACGCAAGAUGAUGGGCAAAGAUGAUUAG